UCCGCCUCGUACAGAGAUAGGAGAAAUUCCUACGAUUUGUGUCUCUUUAGUUUUUGCAGAUUCGAAAGGGAUUAAUAUGUGAAUAUGUGUGUAAACUGAAAGUAUGGCUUUCAAGUGCAGGGAGGAAAUAGUUGGAAAGAGAUUUUUAUCCGUUAAAAGUCAAGCAAAGUUAAAACUUGCCAAGAUUAGCGAGUGGGAAUGGCGGUCAGGCGUUGUGCGAGCAGUGUCCUCGAGAGACAGCAGUCGUUCUGAUUUGUCGGCCCUGAUAGAAUUUGACGACUCUGACUGGCAACAAAGGGAAUGGAUCCGGAUUCACUCCGUAUUCCAAGUGUUCCUGGUGGAACAGACCGUGGUCUGGAGUGAGAGACUGGAUCCGGAGAACAAGUCCACCUCCCUGGAGUGGCCCGCUCUCAAUUUCCGUUCCAUAGUUGACAAGGUUGGGCUGAACAGCAACAAGAGGCGCCCGAUUGAGUUCUUUGACGACCACCUCCUGGCGUUUGUGGAAGACAAGAAUCUGGGCUGCUAUCAGGAGACAGAAGUACUGAGUAACCCACUGUUUGAAGCAUAUCCCAGCCUUGGUCAAGCGGUCAAGACUUGGUUGGACUAUCAGGACGGUCAGAAGAUACUGCUGACCACUCCGACAGUACUAGUGGGGUAUCGCCUGGAGGUGUACCGGGCUGAGGGCACCACCCAGUGGUACACAGCGGUCAUCCAGUCCUACAACCACACCACUAAGACUCUCUCGCUGACAGAUGACACAGUUCUAGAGGAGCACAAUGAGGACCCCGCCCUGAUUCAGAUGCGUCUGCUGGAUGACGGAGUGGUUGACUCAAUCUUACGUGGAGUAGAGGUUGGAAUUGGACCGCGGAGGACGAGACAGACCAACAAAGAGCAGCAGGCUAUUACAACAAGAAAUCCUACAUCAAAACAACCUUCAUCCAACACCGAGAAGAAUUCCUCUGUGCGGAAUAACAAAGUGAAACAGAAGGAAUUAUCUUCUAAAUCGACGGAGCAGGAACCAGAGAGAGAAAAACCGAAAGCAGGGAAGUCUGUGUCUGCAAAAGACAGAAAACGGAAACCUGCUGAUUUCUCGGAGAAUUCAAAUGACUCGACAGAAACAAGUUCGUCUAAGAGUUGUCGUUCAGUGGAGAAGCGAGUGAAAUCAGACAGUAAAUCAGACAAACCCGAUCAAAGCAAGGCAGCAACAGAUCCAUCCAAAUCAAAAUCAGAAAACAAAUCGGUGAAAAAAGACUCUUCUAGUGACAGCAAGAUCCCCAAGGAUAAAACUACACCCAAGCGAUCCUGUAAAAAUUCAAAUCCGGAAACCCAAUCUAAACAAUGCACAAAGUCACGUCCAAGUCGACUUAAAAAGGACUCCCCUUCCUGUGAUUCAUCAUCGUCCCAUCAUGAGGGUGUCCCGGGCUCUCCCGAUAUCUCGGAGGACUCCGGUAGUGUAGCAAGUUCCGUCUGUGAUAAUCAGUCUGCGGGGGAAUGCCCUAACACUCAGGAGACCACAUCUGAGGAAGCCAUUAUAGAAGAUAAUAUGCACUUUAUGAAACAGAGGUUGUUAGCUAGCAAUUCCUCUUCCGAAAAAUCGCCGGCUCCUAUUAAUGCCAACAUUGAUGUCAAUCGCUCGGUGACAGAUCAAAUCGCUAAACUUUCACGCACCGAAAGUGCUGGUUCCAUCCAAGAGGAGGGGAAAUCCAAUUCACCCAAUAAAUCUGUCUCGCCAAAAGGUAGCUAUCUCACAUCCGAUGUGUUUACACAUGAACAAGGCAAGGAGCUUCGAAAUAAUAAUAAUAUCAGUGAUAAUAUUUCUGGAUGUAACUCCCUGUCCAACAGUUUAAAUCAUGAAGACCUGCGAUCUAGUUCGCGAGCAAGUGAACACUCUAACUCAGGAUUAAGUGAGGACAGAAGACCAGCAUCUCGACUCGAUGAUCUCAAAUCAUCUCAGAAAAACAGUCCAUCGUCUAGUCCAUUGAUAAUUGACAGAAGUGAACCCGUAAAUCCCUAUAGGGACCCAGAACUCAUGAGAAAAAAUCCUGUUCACAGUAACGUUCAUGGGAUGUUAGGGAGCCACAAGAAACCAUCCUAUGCCAAUGUUCAUACUCCCAUCCCUUCAGCUGCCACUCCCACCCCCUCCAUUCCUUCUACCACCUCCUACCCCUCCCAUCCCAUCCCCAAUCAUGUGAUCCCUUCCCUCCAAUACCCUCCCCAUCACCUGACCGCUGCCUUGGGGGCAGCUUCUCUGGGUCUUCACCCCUCCCUGGCUCAGAUGGACCCUAACCAACUAGCGGCCCUUCAGCACCAACAGCUGGCCUCCAUGCAGUACCAGCUCCUGCUCAACAGAGGGGGUUACCCUGCCAACCUGACCAUGCCCCAGUUAGAGCACCUCUGGCAGAAGACCUACCCCUCGAUCCCCAUUCCCCCUCAGUACCUGCUGCCCAAGAACAGGGAGGACUUGUUGGGACACUUGUUCUCCAAGGAACGGGAGAUUAUUGAGAGAGAACGCAUGGAGAGGGAGAGGAUGGACCGGAUGGAGAAAGAGCGCAUGGAACGGGACAGGCAGCUAGAGAGGGAGAGGCAGGAACGCAUAGAGAGGGAACGUGUUGAAAGAGACAAAAUGGAGCGGGAGAGGGAACAGGCGAUAAGAGAACGAGCAGAAAAGGAAAGAAUGGAGAAGGAGAGACAGGAGCGAGAGAGGAAGGAGAGAGAAGAAUGGAAGAGGAUGGAACAUGAGCGCGAGCAGAAGAAGGAGCGAGAGAGGAUCCUGAAGGAGUCGGCCGACACCCUGGCCGCCGUCGAUGACCACUUCGCCCGCUCGCUCCGCAAAGAGGGUGUCCGGGGCGGAGGUUGGGCGGUUCCUUCUGUUGCAAUAAGGACAGCUAAGUCUGGACCCCCCACUAAACCCGAGGAAAGUAGUAAACCCAGCAUUGAUGACAAACAGGAAAGAGAACAGAUGAUGAAAAGGCAGCAGGAAAUCUAUCCAGAGAUGGAGAAGUUCUACAAGCAGACGUAUGAACACCAGAAAGCAUACGAACAGCUCCAAAAGUCGGAGAUGAAGAUGGAGAAGCUCCCAAAGAGUGAGGCAUAUAAGGCUGGUCCCCCCAACAGCUCCGUGCCGUCCGGCUCAGUGAAACAGGAGAAGCCCAACUUUAACCUGUACGGUUACCAGCCGUUCAGACUGGCCUACAUCUCCCCUGACCAGCUCCAUCUCCACGGGCUGGACAAGAAGGAGGAAAAACUUAACAUAGACUCUUCAAAACAAAGUCUAGCCCACGCAGCAAACAUGGCUAGUCAGAUGUCGUCUGCUCCCCCACCCCUCAUCAAGGACAGUCAUAGUUCAGUGAUCGUCAAUCACCGUAACAAAGACGUCUCCACUAGUCCGCGACCAGCACACUCUCACCACAGCCAUCACAUGUCUUCUCAGUCUCCACGGCAACCCAAGCCGGCCCACACACCCAGUCGUCACCACGGCAGUCCCCAUCAGGACCAGUCCAUCGACCUAUCAUCCUCCUCCUCCUCCUCGGGGCUGCAGGUCUCGGCGUUAUCAGCAUUUAGAUCCACGGAAUCAAAACAUAUUGGACACAGAACUCAGAGCCCGCUCCGUGUGGCCAGUCCGCAUCAGUUGAACACGGCGGUGAUGCAUCAACCAGUGAACUAUCAUAAAGGUGAGAGUAAGCCUCGCUCCAGCCCCCAUUCUAAGUCCCCCGUGUCAUCGGCAGGCAGUAACGUUCCAUACAUGUCUGCAGCCAUCGCUCAACCUCCCGUGUCCUUACCCCCAGGAUCGGUUGAUUACAGCUGUAGCCUCAUUCAACAAGGUCUCGUACCCAACCCCAUCUACUCUCAGAACAGUGUCAACCCAGCAGCAGAACAUCACCAUGGCAACAGUCACGGUCUGUUGACCACCACUCAGAGCAUGGCUCCUACCUCGUCCCACAACACCCAGUCUAUCACAGGGCAACAGGGAGUCAAACGCAAGCCCGGCAAAGAAAGCAGCAACCGCAAGCGCCAGAAAGGGGAUGCGGGGGGCAGUAAUUCUAGUGUGGGGGGUGGUGUGCCUGUCACUACCCCCCAGAUAAUGACAAACCCCUCCCCUUACACCACCACAAACAGUCAAACAUCUGUCACCUCAUCAGCCUCAUCUGCAGUCUCCAUGCUGCUCUCAUCUGCCUCGACCUCUAUUCCCACCUCUGGCACCUCGGGAUUUAUGGAUAGUUUUAAGUCCUUCGUAGAGAAUGCUGUGCAGAAUGCAUUUUAUCAAGACGCUGACUUAACGGAUCACAAAAAGACUCUUGCUCCCCCACCACCCAAACAGCAGAAGUCAAACCCCACCUCCCAGCCAACUGGUGAGGAGUCCAAUAGUCUUAUGAGGUCCAACAGCAAUUCUAAUCUUAUUGACACAAUUACCCGUGUGGCGAAUGGUCAGAUAAAUGACACGGACAGUGAUACCCUCAGUGCUCCCAGCCCCCCACCCCAUGUCUCUCACCCCCACUCUCAAGGCAAAGCAGCUAAUCACCCAAAACUCAAGAAAGCGUGGCUCCAACGUCAUUCUGACGAGGACAAAUCAGAGGUGAAGGUCGAGCCAGGGUCGCCGUCCACUGAGGCAGACCUGUCCCCCAAGGCCGAGGACAAGCUCAAAAACUGUUACGUCAACCUGACCAACAUCUCACCCAAGAAGGAGCCGGGGACCAAGUCUCCGGUCAGUGCGUACAAGCUCCCUAACGGCAAUCUCAGCGGGAAGGACAAGGACGACGAGUCGACCACCUCGGCCUCCGAGACCGAGUCACAGCAGGUGAGUGAUUCAUCUCAGAAGAGGAAAGUUCAGACUAAGAAGGCUCAGCCCAGUAACAAGAAAUCCAAAGCUGACAGUGAUGACAACAGUCCCCCACCCCCAAACCCUCCCAAAAAGAAACCUGUUAAAAAGAAGGAGGGGGCUAAAGAGGGCACAAAGAGUGUCAAGGGCAAAGAAAACGCAGAGGAAGAGAAACCAGUCAAGAAAGAGAAUACAAAUACGACAUCAGGGAAAAAGGAAAAACCUAAAGAAGCUCCGAAGGCCAGGCCGGCAAGUCCUGAACCCAUGGAGGUGGACAAUCCAGAGGUGAAGAAAGAGAAAACAGAAAAGUCUGCUGAAAGUAUGGCCUCAGCAAAGACAAAGAAAGUGAAGAAACCCAAGGAGGCACCCCCCAAGCCCGAGUCUUCCACAUCCCCGGGGUCUCCUCCAGCAACCCCCACCCCCACAGUACCAACCACUCACACACAACCGGCAGGGAGCUCCUCCUACAACAAGCCACCCGUGUCACUGCUGAAGAAGACGGGAGAGUCGUUCCUCCAGGACGAUUCGUGCAGCGAGGUCACCCCCAAACUGAUGAAGUGUCGGGAGUGUAAGAUGACUCCAACUCAGCGCAGCAAGAAGCUCCCCAACAUCUUCUGUCGAUUCUACGCCUUCAGAAGGUUGCGCUACAGUCAGCGGGGUUUCCUGAUGAUUGACGGAUUCUCCGAGCUGUCGGACGCCAUCAAUGACGACAUUGACCCCUGGCUACCCAACAUCCCAGUCAUGGAGCCAAAGAUAGACAUAGACACUGCUAAGUACAUUGUGGCCAGAGUGGGUGAUAAAUUCUGUGAACUGGUUCAACAGGAGAGAGAGUCCAAGAGCCUGGCCGGGGACGAAGCCAAAAUUGCGUGGAAGCGAGCAGUGACCGGGGUGCGCGAGAUGUGUGACGUCUGUGAUACGACGCUGUUCAACAUGCACUGGGUGUGUCACAAGUGUGGCUUUGUGGUGUGUCUGGACUGUUACAAGGUACGCCUCCGGGCCCUCCAGAACGACAGCAGCGGUGAGGGGGAGGGGGAGGAGAACGACCCCUACAACGGGGUACAGCAAGAGGAACAGAGGGACUGGCUGACCUGUAGCGCUAACCGACAGCAGCACGAGCCCGACAAACUGAUGCUGACCCAGAUCAUCCCUGGCGACGCCCUUUGGGAAGUGGGCAAGCUGAUCCACGACAUGAAGAGGAAGUGGAACAUCCCCUGCAAGUGUUCAUGUGCCCAGUCCAACUCCAAGCUGGUGCAGAAGAACGGGCUCAAUCAGCAAUAUGUACAGCAGGCGAUCAACCACUUGUCCAACAACAAAAGCAAAAAACUGAUGAAUGGCAUCGCUGAGGAUCACAAGAUGUUCAAGGGCAAGAAGGACUCGAUCAACGGCAACAUCAAGUACAACCCCAACAGCUCUUCCCCGCUCAACCUGCUGGCAGAUGUUGCCUCUAUGGACUCGGAGACCAGUCGAGAUCGCAGCGAGUCGCCGUUCGGCAAGAACAUUGACAAGUUCGGCAAGUCUUACAACCCCAUCACUGAGCCGGUGUCUCCCUGCGGUGGUGGAAGCAAUGCGGGGGAUGGGGAUAACGAGAAGAAGAACCCUGCCAGCUGCUCCACCCUCAGGGAACUGUUGACCAAGACGGCCGGCAAAGUCAAGUCGGAAAACAACAACAAGAAGUCCAAACCCAAGUCCAGCAGCAGCACGCUGGAUGAUAUCAUCCAGUCCGUGGUGGAGAAACAGUUACCUAGGGACGAGAACAGCCAGCCCAUCCGGCUGAUGCAUUACAUUCCUCGUAUGGGUCACAGCAGCAUGUUGACGCGCGACACUCCGAUUCUGGUUCACAAUCUGACGGAGACCAGCGUGAUGUAUCCUGACGUUCCCCACUCCUGGCUGUGUGACGGCCGUCUGCUCAGACUCCACGAUCCCAAACACAAAGGGAACUUUAGGAUCUUCCAGGAGCAGUGGAAGAGAGGUCAGCCCGUCAUUGUGUCCGGGGUGGACAAACUCCUGAACCGCAAUCUGUGGCACCCCACCUCGUUUGGUAAGACAUUUGGCAAGGAGAAGAACGAUGUGGUUAAUACCAUGUCUGGAGUGGUGAUCAUCGGUCACCCCAUGUCCGUGUUCUGGGAGGGGUUCGAGCGCCUAAGGGACAGGCUUCUAGAUGAUGAUGGAGAACCAAUGCUUCUGAAACUUAAGGACUGGCCCCCAGGGGACGACUUCAGUGAUCUCAUGCCCAACCACUUUGACGAUCUCAUGCAGGCGCUUCCACUACCUGAGUACACUCAUCGCCAUGGCAAACUCAACCUGGCCUCACGAUUACCAGACUUCUUAGUGAGGCCCGAUCUGGGUCCAAAGAUGUACAAUGCAUAUGGGUCUGCCAAGUACCCCAGUGAGGGAACAACCAACCUUCACUUGGACGUCUCUGAUGCUGUCAAUUGUAUGGUGUACGUGGGGAUUCCCUCUGACGGGCCCGGGGGAAAACAGGUACACAUCAACAUGGCCAUCAAGGCAAUCGACGACGCCUGCUGCGACACCAUGACCAAGAAACGCGUGCGGGAGACCAAUGAGGUUCCUGGGGCGCUGUGGCACAUCUACGACGCAAUGGACGCUGACAAAAUCCGAGAUUUCCUCAACAAGGUGGGCAAGGAGCGAGGGGAGGAGAUAGAGCCCCACCAUGACCCGAUUCACGACCAGAGCUGGUACCUGGACGUGGAGCUCCAGAAUCGUCUGUAUAAGGAGUACGGGGUGCUGGGCUACACCAUCGUACAGUGUAUGGGGGACGCCGUAUUCAUCCCCGCGGGGGCGCCCCACCAAGUCAAGAACCUCCACAGCUGUAUCAAGGUCGCCGAGGACUUUGUGUCCCCGGAACACCUGAACCACUGCUUCAGUCUCACCCAGGAGUUCAGGCUGCUGUCUGACACCCACACGAAUCACGAAGACAAACUACAGGUAAAGAAUAUCAUGUACCAUGCUGUAAAGGAUGCAUUGGCUGUGCUCAAUAACGCUGAACCAGAGGAAGACUAGGUUAAUCAGGAACCAGUCAAGUGAGGCGAACUGUGAUGUCACAACGUCAGGAGUUCAGUGGGUGCUUGGACAGCCUCUAGGAGCAUGGAACCCACAACAGGAAUGUUAUAUAUGGACCACAGUGAGAUAUCUUGGAACAACAGACUCUGUAAAUAAAGUUCUCAUGGAGUGAUAGUGCAAGAUUCUCUCUCAACACUGGAAUCAAUACAUUUCAUUCUGUACUAAGUGACACAAAAACUCUUCAGGCCAAAAUUUGAUUUCCAAUGAUAAGGGCCUCAACCAAACAUAUCAUGAACCGGAGAAUGAUUACCCGAGGUAGAACAGCCCGAGGAGUUACAGAAUUACAGGAGUUACAGAAUUACACGUUACCCCGCUCUGUGAUAAUACUACUGCUGCAGCUGUUAACACUGCCAAGGACGAAUCAUGUGCUCAGCACCAAAAGCAGGGGUGCUGCACAGCACAAAAAGCAGAAAAAGUGCUGCGUUAGAGAUACUCAUCAACCAUUGGAUGACAGACAGAGUGCUAUGCUAUUUUAUGCUAUUUAUGGAUUUUCUAUUUUCUGCAGAAUAAUGAAAUAGUUUGUUGUCUUUUAUUUUUUUGUGAAUUUUGACUGAUCCAAGUGGAUCCGAUGUAGAAAUACCUAGCUUGGAGCAGACACAUUUUGAUCUCAUGACUUUUGUUCUGUAUAUCAGGGAGUUGCGUACCGAUCUAAUACGACCUUGUCAGUGACCUUUGGAGGUGAAGGUCACUCUGAAAGACAAUAGACUUCGUAUAGAGUUGGUACAUGGAUUUCGGUUCCUCGUUGCAAAGGAAGGAAUCCACUGACCGCCUUCACUGUGUGCCCGUCUUUGGGGGAAGAUGGAGCAGACAGUGUAGUCGGGAACUUGUGUGUAAUGACUUGUUGACAAUAAACAGAUUAUAUGUAUGUAGCACUAGCAGAGUGCUGGAGCUGGCCACUCUUCAUCCACACAAACCAUUAUCAUAGAGUGACCAGCUCCAGCUCUCUCGGCCGCCCCGACAGGGGGCCUCUCUUUCCUCAUUCUGUUCUGAUGUUUAAAUUUUAUUGCUAUGAGUUGUUGAUGUCUUAGAUAUAUAUAUGAUAAUGCAGAUUGCUUUUUUCAGCCAGAUGCGAGUCUUUUCUUUUCUGUUUGUGUAUGGGCUUGUAUUGGCUGAGAUAUAUAUAUAUUAUAUAUACUUAUAUUGAAUAUAUUCUAUAUAGAAGUAACAUUGAAAAAUACAGAGAAAAAUGCCAAUUUAUUGAUUGUUUUUUUCUUAGCUUCAUUAAUGUCCCAAAGUUGAUCAUGUCAGAUUCUAUAGAACUACACCUAGUGUGGCUAUUGCCAUAUAUACAGAGGCUACAUGUUGAACUGUUCAAAAGUUGUUGGGGAAAAUUCUGCAUUAAAAAAGACUGCAUUAUAA